AAAACGCACGUGUUGUAUAUGUUGAGAUCUCAAAAAGCUCUUAAUUUCAGAGCUAUCUGGACCAUCACAUUGAUAGCUGCUUUAAUAUGCUCGGUGUCCCUGGUGUGGAUGACUUUUCAAAGAUACUAUCAGGCACCUUUAGUCACCACUCAGAUACCAGAAGGGAUCUCAAUCAAUAAAAUAAUAUUUCCAGCUGUGGGGAUUUGUACUAAUAAUAGAAUUAGCAAGCGAGCAGUAACUGAAUUGGCGAACGCAUUAUUAAAAGAGAAACGAAACGAAAAGUACAAUCAGAAACAGAUGUUGUCUAUGCUAUUUGGUUUAGGACUGCUAUACAAUCUUCAAAUGGAUCCCAAUAUUGUAGAUGUGAUGGAACUCCAUCAAACUCUCGGAGAAUAUGAUGUCAAUGAGUUAAUGAAAAAUUUAACCCCAAAAUGCGAGGACUUGCUCUUGCGAUGUUCUUGGAAUCAGAAUCCGAUGCCAUGCUCGAAAUUAUUUGAUUUCCGCCUCACAAUGAACGGAUAUUGCUGCACUUUUAACUACCUUCGCAGUUCAGAUGUUAUGUUUGAAGAAAGUACUGACGCGCGCAGCACUGAUAUGUAUAUGUAUGGAAACAAAUCCAGUUUUGAUUUCGACCAAGGAUUAAAAGUCUUACUGUACUUAGAAGAGGAUGACGACUUCUUCUAUAACACACCUUUAAAUGGAGCUCAGCUACAGUUCUCCGAUGCUUAUGAUUUUCCUGAUGCACCAAGCGGCAGUUUUUCAAUGCAAAUAGUCAGUCCACAUGUUAAAUUGGAGGUAUUAGCAUCAGCAUCCUUUACGGAAGCGUCGCGGGAUAUAGAACAUGUAUCGUUGAAGCUUCGCAAAUGCUUAUUUUUCGAUGAAUCCUCGUAUCUACCGUUUUACACCCACAGCGAUUGUCUGCUCAAGUGCCGUAUGUCCUUCCUAAUGGAAAAAUGCAAUUGCACGCCCUUCAACAUGCCCAAAAUAAGAAACACAAAGACGUGUGAUUUGACAGAUGUGCCGUGCUUAAAGAAGUACCAUGCCCAAUCUACAACUGUCAGACCAGAUUUAGAAGAAAUCCCACCGGAAUUGGAGCUCGACCUAGUAGGAGGAGGUAUAUCCUGUCCAAUGUGUUACCCAACUUGUUCAAAGACCACUUAUAAUUACGACUACACCAACGUUCAUAUCUUUCCGGACCACGUCAACCCGACACCGGUUAAGGACAAGAUAGACUGGCUGCAUGGUGCAAACUUUACAGGAACUUCCAUUGUGCACGUGAAAUACGGGAGUGAGGUAGCUGAUUGUUACGGGCAGAAUGUUAUCAUGAAAUGGUUUGAUCUGAUAAGCAAUAUUGGCUCAACAUGCGGCUUCGUAACUGGUUUCAGCUUUGUAUCUGUAUUGGAAUUUGUUUAUUUCUAUACUGUGAAGCUCAUGAGAGACUAUGUUAUUCGACGGCGACGUGAACGGCGCAUUGCGAGCGGCGCUUCCACUCCCGCUCAAUUCGAUCAUGACAGUCGAUACAGACCGAUAUAUUGGAACGAAAUCACUGGUCCUAAAGGGUCCAGAGUGGAAAACCAAUUUUAAAGGACGUAGAAUUGAUUCGUUUAUGUUAUUAAUGUAGUAAAAUGCCGACUGAAAAGUGUUUCAGCAAACAAUUACGAGCCUAUAAUAAAACGUGUAUUAAAGUUAGCAACGUGUUCCAUACCAUUCUUUGGAAUCAACAUGGUAACUAUGGUAGCAAAUACGAUACUAACUUUAAUAGAAGUUUUUUAAGGUCGUUAUUGUUUAAUGUGGGAUUUUUAAUAGAGUUCUUGAAAGAAAAGUAUCCAAUAAAGUUGUAUAAUGAUUAGUAUUAGGUAUGUUUAGUAAUUUAUUCAAUCAUUAAUUCAUCCUAUAAUUAAUUAUUCUUUAGUAACGUAACACGAAAUAUAAUUCAUAGACACAUUUUUAGAUAUGAUAGAUAGAGAUAUUUUUAUUUGUACUGAAUAAACAACAAAACAUAUGUUGGUUUCCCAUAUCAUAGAUAAAAUCAACGAGUAGGCAAUUUAAGGUUCAUUAUUUAUAAAUGGAAGUUAGAAAUUGGAGUUUCAGACUUUUGGUUAGGUAUAAAAUAAAGCGCUAUAAAUAUUUUCAUUUAUUUGUUAUUUUCCGUCUGAGGUUGUUCAAAUGUUUUCAAGAAAAGGUAACAAAUAUUUAGCAUUAUGGUGGAAUGGAAUCAAAAGUUUUCCCGAGACUACAUCAAUACACGGUUUUAGAUUUAUAGGUGAUUCUAAAAGGCAUUUAA